AUGCUCCUGGAACCUGUAUUUGGCAAUGUUGCCCUAGUCACACCCAAGAAGGAGCUGCAAUGCCAGAUUGAAUCCACCCUAGAUCAAGAUGAAUCCCUGGGGGAAAUCCUACAGUUCCUCCAAAAUGAAUCUAAGGCUCCCCCAUCCAUAAGACAGGCAUUCAAGGAUUACAAAAUGGAGGCAGGAUUGUUGUUUUACCAAGGACACAUUGUAGUCCCCAAUGUUGGAUCACUAAGGAGGAUCUAUUGCAUAUCUUCCACAACAGCCCCCUGGCAAGAAUCCAAGCAGACACCUACUGGCAUGUGGAUUCCUCCCUUAGAACUUCCCAACCAACCCUGGCAGCACAUCUCCUACAAUAUGAUUGUCAAUCUCCCCAAGGAUGGCAACUACAACUCCAUACUGGUCAUUAUAGACAGUUUCACCAAUAUGUGA